AUGGGAACAGAGGCGCUCGCCCAGGCAGCCGGGCCAGCGGCGCUCGCCCAGGCGGCGGCCGGUCCUGCAGCGCUCGAGGAAGCCCAGGCGGCGCAUCUUAAGGAGGACGCUGUCGGCGACGCGGAGGCGCGCGGUGACGAGCAGACCCUCGAGGACAGCGUUGUAGUGCGCGGUGUCGAUCUCGGCGGCGGCAUCGGAGCCCCAUGGCGCGGCGGCAGCAAGGCAGAUCAAGGCGCUGCAGCAGGGCGACGACCUCCACCUUAG